AUGCGAAAAGCAUUAUUUCGCGGGAUUAGUGGCACUGAUGUGCAUCUGGUAAGCUUGACGAAACUGGAACUACGGUUACUUGAUUUCGAGUUAAUAG